AUGGCGGAAAAGGAGCAGCCUCUCAAGGCCGUCCAGGUCGAGGCCCUAGUGAUUAUGAAAAUCAUCAAGCAUGGCACCCAGAAUUUCCCCACACCAGCAACCGGGUCUCUCGUCGGAAUGGAUGUUCGAGGCACACUUCAGGUUACGAACGCUUUUCCGUUUCCCAUAGUUGAUAUCCCUGCGGAUUCUCAUUUGGAUGGAGCUCCGCCAAACGCCGCAGCUGCGGCACCACGCGCAAAGGCCAAUGCCGUCUAUCAGUCCGAGAUGAUCAAGAUGCUUCGAGAAGUGAACAUUGACGCAAAUAAUGUCGGCUGGUACACGAGCGCGAAUAUGGGCAAUUUCGUCAACUUGAAUUUCAUCGAAAACCAAUAUCAUUACCAGAAAGAGCUCAAUGAAAGAACAAUCGCUCUAGUACAUGAUGUCAGCAGAAGCUCGCAAGGCGCCUUGAGCCUCAGGGCCUUCCGCCUUUCGCCCCAGUUCAUGAGCGCAUUCAAAGAAAACAAGUUCACCACGGAAAAUCUUCAAAAAUCGAAUCUUCGAUACCAAGAUAUACUCGUUGAACUCCCAGUCGAAAUUCACAACUCCCACCUUCUCGCAUCAUACCUCCACCAACUUCCAUCGCCACCUCCUGCAGAGGAUUUAGAUUUCCCCCCCUCUCUUGCGGCCCUCACAAACGACCCUCUUGCUUCGUCCUCUUUGCUUGCUCCAAACUUCGAUAACCUGUCCCUGAGCAUCGAUCCAUUCCUCGAGAAAAAUUGUGACAUGCUUCUUGAGAGCAUCGAAACCCACCACACGGAGAACAACAACUUCCAAUACUAUCAGCGAUCUCUUGCGCGCGAACAAGCUAAGAUCGCUGCUUGGCAAGCGAAGAGAAAGGCGGAAAACGCCACUCGAACCCAGCUCAAGCAGCCGUUGCUUGCUGAAGAUGAGUGGCAACGCUUGUUCAAGCUCCCACAAGAACCCAGCAGGCUUGAAAGCAUGCUUAACACCAGACAGGUUGAGCAGUAUUCGCGACAGGUCGAUGGCUUUGUCUCUGCAACCACUGGGAAAAUGUUUGCUGUGAGGGGUAAUUUGUUGCCUGGGGAAUCGCAAAUCUAA